ACGCCGGCCCUCGGUACAGUUCAGAGCAAGCUACUGCUGCCUAACAACGGUCGACCAGCGCGUCACACAAAGUUAAACCACGUAGAUCGCCGUAGUCAGUUCAGAUGGAUUACUAUUACAGCCUCAUUUCACCGCCCUGCCAGAGCGCAAUCCUGGUUGCCAAGAAGCUGGGCAUUACGCUGAACCUGAAGAAGACGAACAUACACGAUCCUGUUGAACGUGAUGCAUUGACUAAGCUUAAUCCGCAACAUACCAUCCCCACGCUGGUGGACAAUGGGCACGUCGUGUGGGAAUCGUACGCGAUCGUGACGUAUCUGGUGGAGGUGUACGGCAAGGAUGACACGCUCUACCCGAAGGACCCGAAGGUGCGGUCCGUCGUGAACCAGCGGCUCUUCUUCGACAUUGGCACGCUGUACAAGCAAAUCAUCGACAUUAUCCAUCUGGUGGUGAAGAAGGAGCAGCCGACCGACGAGCAGAUGGAGAAGCUGAAGAAAGCGAUGGAUCUGCUGGAGCACUUCCUUACCGAACGAUCGUACGCGGCCGCCGAUCACCUGACGGUGGCGGACAUCUGUCUGCUCGGCAGUGUGACCGCACUGAACUGGCUGAAGUACGAUCUCGAACCGUUCCCGCUUGACGAUAAGUUUCGGUGGGAUCGGGUGCUCAACUGGGAAAGGUGGACUACGCCUAAUUCCGGAAGCGCGACGGACGGUACAAGCGACCCGACCGAAGCAGAUGGACGUGGAUCUGCUCGUACGCAAAACAUCUGUCUGAGUGUGAAAAAAGUGAUCUCGGAAGGCGGGAUGAGUGAAGGACGUGGAGGAACAGUGCAAGGGAUUGUGUAA